CAAAGCUGUCGCUGGUUGAAAGGCUGGCGGUUGCUAACGUUAAUCAUGGCACUUCUUUGAUUUUAAAGAUUGAUAAAUGAUUGUAUAGAUCUAUUAAAAUUUAUAUGUGAGUCCAUUUUAGCAAUAAUUUGAAUCCUAAGUUUGAAAUGUGCAGCAUAUGGAAGAAAACAUUUUAAAUUACGAAGAAUACAUUCAUUUAAAUUAUCCGGGCAAAACGAAUAAAACUAAAAUUAAAAGGCGUUCUCCUCAAAUUGGGCUGAUUUUAGUCAAAAAAAUAAUGAAGACAAUUCGUUCUUCAGUUUCAGCGGAAAGAAUUAAGUACAAUUUAUUUUGCAAAACUCAAGCCCAAAGUUUUACCCCAAAACGAGCAUUUUUGGUGUUUUAGUCGAUUAAAAUUUACGUCAAAACUAUUUUUUCAAUUGCUGACAAAAAUAUAUCGGGGCGAGUUUUUUUAUAACGCCCUACAAAUUUUAUAAAGGUUUUCUUCUCAAUCUUUUCGUUUUUGUCUUAAAAAAACUUUUAUUGUUUGAUAUAUUGGUCGUGAUAAUUGUUGUUUUUUUAGGAAAAGACGUACUCAAAUUUAUUUUUCGAUUUGACUUUGGAUUUCAUUUCAAGUUCUGUUCAUUUCCUCUGUUAAAAGGAAAGAAUUUACAAUAUAAAACAGCAGAAGUGUAAAGGUCACGAAAAACGUGAUUGAUUUCUAGUUUCGAAAAUGGAAUUUAACUUUCAGAUGUCCCAGCAAAAUAAAAAAUUUACCUAUCGACCCAGCUUUCAAAUUGGCUUAAUUUUAUCCUAAAAGUGUCAAUAAAAGUUUUUUUUAGAAAUUCAAAGAGCUUUAAGGCCGUCUGUUUUUUUUUCUGUUUAUUUUAUUCUGCUUACUUUCUAUUCUCCAACUAUGUUAAAUUGGCUUAAUUUUAUCCUAAAAGUGUCAAUAAAAAUUUUUUUAGAAAUUCAAAGAGCUUUAAGGCCGUCUGUUUUUUUUCUGUUUAUUUUAUUCUGCUUACUUUCUAUUCUCCAACUAGUCUGUUUGCUAUGUUACUAUCUAAAAGACCAAUUUUUUUAUUUCUAAAAUAACUCUUAAAUAUAUUGUUGGAGAUUAAACCCUUGUUAAGUAUUGUUGGGCUAAAUAAGAGGCUCAAACUAAAGUUUUUUUUUUUGGUUGUCAGGAUAAUGUGAAUCAGCGUUGUAUAAAGCCAGAGUUUAUGAAAAUUCAAAUUUGAUAACCCUUUGUUAUUACACUCUUUUUCAAACGUUGAGAAAUCUGAUUUGGGUAUAUCAAUCAAGUAAGGAUUCACUUUGAGGUUCACUAUAUACUUUUUGGCUAAUUUUUUCCGCUAAGUUUAUAGCUUAGUGUCGGCUGUGUUAACGAAUUGUAAAUUUUAUUGUCAAGGUGAAAAAAAACCGCUUGUAAUUGCCUUUUUUUGUGCUGGCGUCGAAAUGAAACGCUAAAGCAUAAAAUUUCCAAACGUUUUUUAUUUAGCUGAUUAGUUUUCCUUUGUUUGUUGAUUCUUUUUACCAUUGUGAUAAUCGGGUACAAGACUUUUUACCUCAAAUAAUUUGUUCACAGAAUGGUUAAAAUUAGAAAUGAUACAUUUACUCAUGUACCAACUUCCUGUUGUUUUGUUGGAAAUACUAAAACUGGCAUAUUUUGAGCAUGUUAGCAUUUUAAUUAUCCGUCGUGUUGUUGAGCAAUUGAGAAAUUUGUUUAUUUUUGUUGGUCGUAAUUUACCAAUUCGAUUUCUUAAUUUUUUGUUUCCUUUUUUUCGGCUUUAUGAGUUUCAACCUGUUUUAUAUCGGCUUAGUAGCGGCAUAUUGCGUCUUCUGAUGAGCGAAGAAAAGCGUGGGUGUUUUGAGGGGUAGGGGCUUAAAAAAAACUAUUUUUCAAGUCUUUUUGAAUUUUUUUCUGCUUGUGCUCGGGUGUUUUCGAUUUUGACUCCACUUGUAUAUUUUCUUCCGAUUCUAAUUUUACACUCUAUUGUGUUGGCUUUUGUUGUCUUUUUUUAAACAAGUUUUUUUGUAUUUGAUAGUGUUUGUGACAUUUUCAAAAAUUUUCUUAUUUUUUGACUUUUUUGUUUCUUGUAUUGUGUUGCAAGUGGUACGAAGCUCCAGAUCUCCUGUGUUUUAAAUUGUAAUGUUGAUAUUAAUUGCAGGUCUUCGAAAAUCAAAACCUUUUCAAUAUCUUCCUUUUUUCUGUAUCGCAGUUGUUGAAAUAAAAAUUGUAUGGCGUUUUUUUUAUAUUUUGUUAUCUUUGUUCAGACUAAAAGGAAGUAAAUCCGUUCAAAUCGUUUUUGUAUAUUGCUCUUUUUGUAUUGAACUAAUUUUUAAAGGUUAUUUUCUGACAUUGCUAGGAUUCACAUGGCUACUAACAACAACAUAGUUAUCUGAUUCUUAUCAUAGUUUUCAAAGUUCAAUACUUCGAACAUGUUUUUAAAUUAUACUCGCAUCUAACAAUGACAUUUACAGAUGGAAUUGAUAGGUCUGCAUGGCUUUCGCCAAGACGGCAGACAUUGCGAUGAGCUCCGUAAAAUAAACUGUAAACUAGGAGUCCUCCCACAAGCGGACGGAUCUGCCGUUUUCGAGGUCGGCAACACCAAAGUUAUGGCAGCAGUUUACGGGCCACAUGAGCCAUCAUCUGUGUUAAGACAUAAAGUACCUCAUGAUCGCGCACUGUUAAAUUGUGUAUUUAGCAUGGCCACGUUUAGCACUACAGAAAGAAAGAAAAGACCUACUGGUGAUAAGAGGUCGCAAAGUUUCUCGAUUAAUUUGAAACAGGCCUUUGAUUCUGUUGUUUUAACUCAUCUGUACCCGAGGUCACAAAUUGACCUCUAUGUGCAAGUAACGCAAUCGGAUGGCGCUAAUUAUGCCGCGUGUAUAAACGCAGCUACUUUAGCGUUCAUAGACGCUUGUAUACCUAUGAAAGAUUAUGUAUCGGCUUGUACGGCUAGUAUAGUUGACGAAAAAGGAGUCCUUGAUGUUUCGUAUCUCGAAGAGUCACAAGGGUGCCCAGUUUUGACCUUGGCGUUAUUGCCGAGAAGCGAAGAGAUAGUAGUUACGGACAUGAAUGCUAGGUUGCAUCUGGACCAUUUGCCUAAUAUGCUGGACUUUGCAAUGAAAGGCUGCAAGGAUAUUUUUAGUGUGAUGGAAAGCGCCACAAGAGCACACGUGAACUCAAAAUCUUGAAAGUUGAAAAUCUGGUUCUUGAUUUAUGAAAAUUUAAUUUAUGAUUUUGUCUGUAUUUUUCAAGGAGAUGAAAAUUCGGGAAACUCUGAUGAAUUAUGUAUAGUUGUCUAAUUUACGAACUGUUGUUUG